GCUGUGGCGGUGGAAAGAAGGUCAGAAACAGACUAUGAGGAAAAUAUCGAACACAAACUGCUGAACUGCUUUGCUACUGAAGACACAGAUUUACACAGAAUAAACACAGAUGUUCAGAAGUUGGAGGAAGUCAGAUUUUUGCCUAAAUCUGCAGAGGGCUCGGAUGGUGAGCGAUGUCUUGUACCAACACUUUCCCUGGAGUUCGAGCCGCUUAGGUCAGAGUUCAGACCUCUCGAUCGUCGCGCCAACCAGCAACAUCAUGGCAAACUGCAGGACUUGAUCACAAAUACAACAUCACUUGACAAAGAACUAUACAUAAAACAACAGACUACUGGGAUUCAUUCACAUCAUCCUCCCCUCACUCCAUCCUUUCCCCAAAAAAGAAAAUGUGAUGUUUUCCACCAUCAAUGUGUAAGUCCACUCCUGAAGAGCCAUAAAAAAAGUCGCCCUCCAAAGUGGGAACCGCCACGUUCCUCACCAUGGACAGUGGUGGAAGGAGGCGUCAGCGAGGUGAAGAAAAUCAGAUUUCAACCAUUCAUUUCUGGAUGCCCAACAUCAUCAGAAGAACAGCAGUUUAAAAUCACUCCGAAGACAGAUGUUAGGUUUAAAAUCCCUACACAAUCACAUGUUCUGGAGCGAACUCAGCCCGUUAGUCAGAGCAAACUGGAAAAAUCCUCCAAUGAAAUGGGAAAGAUUGCGCCGAAACAGAACCUCUUUUCCAAACUGUGCAAACGUAGGUUGGCCAAAUUGAGGAUCGAUCCAGCCAUCGACGGUCUAAAAGGUUUUCAUGACAUAGUUACGACUAGUGAGCUACAAACUCACUCCAAGGCUGGCUCACACCCUACAAGCCUGACAUCCGAUGGCAGAAUAAAGGAUGCUGGGAGGCUGAACCCAGAGGAGAGAAUGCACAUGCUGAAGCAGGCUGGGCAGGCAGAGGUGGUGGUGCUAACAAUGAUGUUUCAGGAUGGAGCAACUCAAUUAGAUCAUGAACAAAAGCUUGCUCCAGCAGUGUGUGGCCUCCUUGUGCUGAUGAAGAAUGAUCUUUGCUGUACCACACCUUGUUGGUCACUGGGGCCGAAUGACAGCCUGGUCUACUUAAAACUAGAGCACAACCCUCCAUGGGCACAACAGCAACUUCAGCACACUCAGCAGCCUUUUACCAGAGAUAUGAUACUAUGUGUGCUGUCAAGGUCAAAACUGGUGGUUUGCUAUAAAGCCAAGGAUUUUCUUCGUACAGUUCUGCUGUUAUACAAACAGGAUCUAAGCUGGAAACGAGUGGCAGGUUGUCAGAUCCAAGAUCCACGGGUUUCAGGGUGGCUGCUGGAUCCUACUGAUCCCUCCUCCUGCUUCAAAGACCUGCUUAAUAAACACUGCAAAAAGCCACGUGCAACACCCUCCCUGAGUCCUGACAAGGUUUCUCAUAUCAUCUCAAGUCUCUAUUGGCUCUUUGACCUUAAUCUGGCCUUAUGCUCUAAACUACAGAGCCAUGGCUUGUGGGAACUCUACUCAGAAAUAGAACUGAGAAUGAUCACUGUUCUUGCUGUCAUGGAAAGCCACUGCAUCUAUGUGGACAAAGGAGCACUUAAGAGGACUUCAGACCUGCUUGGGACUAAACUGAAACAGCUGGAGCAGGAGGCCCACAAAGCAGCUGGGGAAAUAUUCUUGGUGACCAGCAACGCUCAGCUACGAACAGUACUGUUUGAGAAGCUGCGCUUACAGGAGCGCUGCGAGAACAAGAAGCUUCCCAAGACCAUCAACAAACAACAACAGUCAACAUCAGAGGCAGCGUUGCUGCAGCUCCAGGACCUUCAUCCUCUGCCAAAAAUCAUCCUGGAGUACCGACAGGUCCACAAGAUGAAGUCUACGUUUGUUGAUGGGAUUUUGUCAUGUAUGAAGAGCAAGAACUACAUUUCUUCUACAUGGCACCAGACGAGUGCUGUGACUGGGAGAAUAUCAGCCAAACACCCUAACUUCCAAGCCUUGCCAAGGCAGCCGCUUCAAAUCAGCCAGAACCAGUACAUUCAAGGAAAGGAGGAGGAGGUUGUGACGAUUCAUCCUCGAGACAUGUUCAUUGCCCGGGAGGGCUGGACUUUUCUUGCUGCGGACUUCUGCCAGGUGGAGCUCCGCUUGCUGGCUCACUUCUCCUCGGACCCGGAGCUGCUCCGCAUUUUUACCGACCCGCAGGCCGACGUCUUCACCAUGCUGGCCUCUCAGUGGAAAGUGGUGGGUGUUGAUGAGGUGACUCCUGAAGACAGGGAGCAUGCCAAACGCAUCGUGUAUUCGGUGGUUUAUGGAGCAGGCCGUGAACGUCUGUCAGGGAUUUUGGGGGUGAACGUUGAGCAGGCUAGUCGUUUCCAGGACAGUUUCCUCCAGACCUACAGAGAAGUCCAGGCGUUCAUCCAGAGAACCAUCCAGCAGAGCCACAAGCAAGGUUAUGUGGUGUCGUUAAUGGGACGCCGACGUCUCCUUCCCCACAUCAGCUCCCCAGACUGGGGGAUCCGCAUGCAGGCUGAGAGGCAGGCCGUCAACUUUGUGGUUCAGGGCUCUGCUGCUGAUCUCUGUAAGAUGGCUAUGAUCACCAUGUUUAACCUGGUCUCCUCCUCCAGCUCGCUCUCUGCCAGGCUUUUAGCACAGCUUCAUGAUGAGCUCCUUUAUGAAGUGGAAGAUUCUCAGGUGGAGCAGUUUGCAGGUUUGGUGAAAAGCACCAUGGAGUCCCUUCAGUACAUCCACCAUGUCGGAGUCCAUCUGACGGUACCCCUGAAGGUGGCGGUCUCCAUUGGCAAGUCCUGGGGAUCCAUGUCAGAGCUUCACACUCCGCCUUCUGUCUCCUGAAUCUUCCUCUGCACCUCCGACACCAAGAUAAAUGAUCUAAUCUCCUCCUUUCUUAUGGCCCGAGUUUUUUCCAUUGACCCUUCUGCUGGCUACACACUCAUGUUUUGACCCUUACUUGGUCUCUUAUCCUGUUCAUCUCUCUCAGCUUCCAGUUUCUGCCUCCUCCUUCACUCAUCCAGCAUCCAGGUUGCUAUGGAAACGAGGCAGCUGCAGCUCGUGGUUCUUGCCUCCACUCUUUCUGUUUCUGGGGGCAACCGCUGACUGGAUUGGACCAGUUCUGUUCUCUCUCUCUCUCUCUCUCUCUCGUCCACCUCCUCCUGUUCUCCCACUCAUUUUCACUCACGCACACAAACAUCUCGUUAGGACUAAAAAUGUUUCCUCUGCCUCGUUACCAAGGUGAAGUUUUAUGUUUUAAAGAGGUCUCGAUGUUCAUUGGUUCCUAAAAUUGGUUGUUAGUUGAGCUUCUAGAUAUAACCAAACAUUUUUUAGUCUCUAUCGUUAAUAUAUUUUUGAUGCUGAGACUUUUGGAUUUACUUAAACACUGCAGAUUUUCACCCCCAAGUUAAUUUUUUAAGCUAAUUUAAAAACCAUCUUUUAUUAUUCCCAUAUUUGAUGCUCUGAUGAAAGAAGUGUAGUCCAUAAUGGAUAUUUCACAAGAGAAAUUUGAGCCCAGGGAGUGAAUAGACUCCAUGAAAUCUUGGUUCGUUCAGUUUCCAGUAAACUUUACCUUUCGUUGCAUGUGUUAACGUGAUUUAAAGCAGUUGAUCUAAUUUUUGCUCGUCUUUGAGC